GAUAAGGCAAUUCUCAUAAACUAGUGUCACGUCCUAAGGUCGGGUCGAAUGAUUUUGGAUUAAUUUCUAGUUUUUCCAUUUCUUGUACUGUAAAAUAUACCAAAAUGGCUAAGAAAACUUACGACUUGUUGUUCAAAUUACUCCUUAUUGGUGACUCUGGUGUAGGGAAAACAUGUAUAUUGUUCAGAUUUUCGGACAACCACUUCACGACGACGUUUAUAUCUACAAUCGGAAUCGACUUUAAAAUAAAGACUGUGGAGCUGCGCGGUAAGAAGAUAAAGCUUCAGAUAUGGGACACAGCGGGUCAGGAGAGAUUCCACACCAUCACCACGUCGUACUACCGCGGCGCGAUGGGCAUCAUGCUGGUGUACGACAUCACCAACGAGAAAACAUUUGACGACAUUGUCAAGUGGCUACGGAAUAUAGACGAGCAUGCCAACGAAGAUGUGGAGAAGAUGAUCCUUGGCAACAAGUGCGACAUGGAGGAGAAGCGCGUGGUCAGCAAGGAGCGAGGGGAGGCGAUAGCGCGCGAGCACGGCAUCCGCUUCAUGGAGACGUCGGCGAAGGCGAAUAUCAACAUCGACCGCGCGUUCUCGGAGCUGGCGGAGGCCAUCCUGGACAAGACGUCGGGGCGCGAGGCCGACGCCGACCACGCGCGCAUCGCCGUCGAGCGCCGGCCGUCGCGCGCGCCGCCCGCCCGCGCCUGCUGCUCCUAGGCCGCGCUGCUGCUCCCAGGCCGCGCUGCUGCUCCCAGGCCGCGCUGCUGCUGUCAGGCCGCGCUGCUGCUGCCAGCCCGACCGCCGCGCCUGCUGCUGCUGGGCCGCGAACGCGCUGCACACUUUACACUGCUUGUCCUAAAGAAUGAGCUCACUUACUGUACAUAGCACUUGUUCAUCAUUUACCUUUUCAAAUUCUUCGUUAUCGUAAUCAUAGCUCCGGUCGUUUCUUUUUUUAUAAAACAUGUAUUCGAGUUUCAGAUAGUAUAGUCGCCCAUGAUAUGUCUAGUCGCUAGUCGGGUGCAACUGAAGAAGCUGGUUCCGGACAAUGGACGUUACGAAUCUAUAGUAUUUGGUCUGAAGUAAUGUCACAUGUUUAAUUUAAUUAUUCCUCGCUUAGGAGUGUCUUUUUAUACUUAAAUGUUUAGAGUGUAAAUGGUAUAGUAAUUAAAGUUAAGCCACAAACAUUCAGCCGCAUCUCAUAUCGUAAUGGUUGAAUGAUAGGGAAUUUAAAUAAUUCUCGAUAACAGCAACGCACACCAACAGAACGCUUUUCAUACACAUUAUAAAUGCCAAUGUAUUGCACCAGUUGUCGAAGCGACGAACAAGGCAACGCAAAGCGACACUGUUAAACUACUACAUAUUUUGUAUUUAGUGUGGGCUCGUCGCCAAUGUGUCGUAGCUGAGCAGGCGGAGGAGCUUCACCGAGCGCUGGUGCCUCGCGCCGGCAACUGGCGCUCUACAGUUCGUUAGCAAUAGUUCAGACAGUGAAGUUUUUCAUAGCAUGUAGAUGAACUAACUCAUAAAGUUUAUGUAAUGUUCAUGUUUGUCGCCGACAUCGGGAUGUGCAAGCAUUCUGCCGGCAGACUGUUGCUUACUGCACUAGUGCGGCAGUGGCUGCGUCUGCUGCACACAUGCCGGAGCCCGAGGGUGCGCCAGACAAUUUUGCUAAAACAUUAGCGUUCUAGCAGAAUUGUACUACGGUUAUAGUUAAUUAUUUAAGUAAUUAUACUCUAUGGUUAUGUACGUUGAUGAAAUUAAAAAAAAAAAACUAUUUUAUCGUACGGUGUAUGUGUCUCGUCGGUUUUUACCUGCUUUUAUAAAUAAACAUCGGCAUUGUAUAUUAUGUUUAUAUUAAAUUACUUAUCAUAA